CCGGCCCGAGCGGGCCCCGGCCUCGGUGCCGGCGGCCCUCCCCGGCGGGCGCGUCGUGCGGCUUGCGCCCCCCGCCAGCCCACUCCGAGGGGCGUGGCCAUGCUGCUGCUCUCGAGGGCCGCCCGGGCCCGCGUGGCGGCCCCCGCCGCCCCGCUGCGGGCGGCCACCAGCGGCCUGCGGAGGGUCCGCCCGGCCGCUUCGCCCGCCAGGGCCCGCGCCGUGCGGCGAAGCGGCUGCCCGAGGGGCCUGGGC